AUGGCAUCCACUUCAGCCCACUGGGGAACUCUCAUCAACCCAGACAAGAGCCCUGCACCACUGCUAGAGCAGCUAUGUUUGGGCAUCGCACAGCUGAUGCCCUCAUUUGACUCAAACGGUACCACCGAUUUGACUCCUGAUCGGCUAGCUGCAUUUUACCGUAAAGUUGGCGGCGAUUAUGACCCACUCUUCCUUGCAACCAAGGCCCAGUCGCUAUCCUUCAUCUACCAGUCCCUGGGCUGCUUUCACAGCCUUCAACCUUCGACAAACCCGUAUGAACCGCCAUCUAUACCAUCACUUCUACCAAACGGGUUUGUGCGAUGGCAAACAAUACAGAUAUUGAUGGACCCAGACGAGCACUCGCGGUUCCUACAAGAAGCCGUCAAACAGUGGGAUAUUGUCGAUGCUCAAGGACAAACCUUCCCCAAGGAGAUACCCCGAGACGCCUUUCCCUCGGAGCCCGACCCGGAGAUGAUGCAGUGGCAUGAGGGCGUGUGCCGGCGACUAGAGUACGACUUUGUCAAACGGAACGUCCAGCAUAAUUCACCUCCGAAUUUCGGGGCUUAUCCUCAUUACCAUUUCAGCGGCAAAGAUCCGCUUCCCGAUGAGGAGGAUUACUUUGCGCGAGCUCCUGGAAGGUCUAACUCUCGGCGCCAGAGCCACUUCGACUCGGAUCGAUCUAGCGGUCGACGUCAUCACAGGCGGCUCAGCGCCGAGUAUCCUGCGUCCAACUCUCGCAGACAUGAGCCAGGUUUUGCUCCACGCCCAGAUGGUGGUAGAUCAGGCGUGACAUCACCGAGAGGACCAUCCCCAACUGGCUUCGCCGAACGUUCACGCCAUUCCCGAGGCCGAGACCGGCCAUCUGGACAUGCACGGGAUGCAGAGGAUGUACCCGAUGACAUGGACUUUUCAGAUAAUUCAAUGCGCCACGAAGACCCCAACCUUAGAACCAGACCCAGGCCCAAACACAGCUCACGUCAUCACAAUCUCUCACCUCCAACGGACUCCCGUGCGCGCCGCCAUUCACACGACGCCUAUAUACGCAAACCCGCGCGCGAAGUCUCCCCGACCCCGAAAAAACGCUACGAAAGCUACGACAGACGCCCCCCAAAACCCAGCAAAUCAACCUCCGACCGACGCCGCGAAGCCCGCUCGCGAUCCCGGCCGCCAGUCCAAUUCCGUGAAUACAUUUUCGAACCAACGCAAGCCCCAGCCCCGGUCCCAGCUCCAGCUCCAGAUCCACCACAGUACGCCGCCCCCCCACCCCCACCACGAGGCCCACCUCGCCACCGGUAUGAUGCCUAUUUAGCCGAAGACGGCAGACGAGGCAGUUACAGCGGCGGCAGCACAGGCGGAAGUCGACCUAAUAGCGGAGGUAGUGGGUCUGAAAAACCAAGAUCGUACAGUAGUGCAGGGCUUUAUCCUCGUACCGGAAGGUGGACUAGUCCGCAGCGUAGCUCGGCUGCGAAAAGGUACAUUCCGACGAGGGUGGCUGAAGAUUCGGAAUACAUACCUUCCCCGCGGAGGGUGAUAUGA